AUGAUCCACGUUGAAUGCGCGGCGUGGAGGGUCGUGCGUGACGUGGGGGUCAUGCGUGGGGCGGUCGCUGCCCUCAUGCAUCACAUCGUGGUAAAUGGCCCUUCCUCAGCGGAUCUGGAGGACAUCGACGCCGUCAUCGGGGAGGUCGCCAGGGACGCCGAGGCCGAGAAGAUCGCCGCCGAGAAGGCCGCCAAGACCGCUGCUGAGGAUGCCGCCAAGGGGCCCGACGAGGAGGCCGGCAAGGCCACUGCCGAGGAGGCCGGCAAGGGUCCUGCGGGAGAGGCCGGCAAGGCCGCUGCUGAGGAGGCCGGCAAGGGUCCUGCGGGAGAGGCCGGCAAGGCCGCUGCUGAGGAGGGGAUGAAGCUCCAAGCGCUCCACCGUGCCUGCCUGGACAAGGCGAAGUCCAGGAUGGUGGCGGUGGACAAGGCGGAGGCGGACCUCGCGGGGCACGUCGCUGAGACGCAGGCUUGGUUUCGCCAAGCUCAUGAGGAGCUGAAGGUUGCCCAGGACCUGCUGGCCGAGCGCCAGCUGGAGCUUGUCAUGAAGCAGGCUGACAUCGAAAAGGCCCAGGAGCUGGUGAAGGAGCAGGCCGCCAAAGACGAGGCCGCUCAGCACCAGCACCAGAAAGAAAUAUUUGAGUUAGAAGUUUAG